AAAGUGAACAGACCACUGUUACUAUAAACAUGAUGGAAAGAAAGGAUCUCUCUGGGCAGUUUAUAAAGGUCUCUGAACCUGAUCCCCAUGUUCUGCUCGUCGAGUUGUCGCGGACUCCGGUCAAUGCUUUCCAUGGAACAUACUGGGCAGAGUUCGGUCGCGUCUUUGACAAUAUAAGCAAAAACCCUGGUGUUCGCGCUGUCGUCCUCGCCUCUGCUUUACCUAAGUUGUUCUCAGCUGGAUUGGACUUCGGUGGACUAAAUGCCAUAAACUCUUUCGACAAAGACCCGGGGCGGAAGGCAUUACAGAUUCGCGCAUUCUGUAUGCAAUUCCAGGAUGCCAUCGCAGCGACUGAAAGGUGUCCAGUUCCUGUCAUCGUGGCAGUACACGGUGUCGCCUACGGACUUGCUAUCGACAUGGUGUCCGCUUGUGAUGUGCGGUACGCCGCAGAGGACGCCCGAUUCUCAAUCAAGGAAGUCGAUAUUGGUUUGGCAGCGGAUAUCGGUACGCUGGCGCGACUACCGAAGAUUGCCGGAAACCAGAGCUUGGUGCACGAACUCGCGUUCACGGCCAGGGACUUUACUGCUCCUGAGGCCCUGCAGAUGGGUCUUAUCUCAAAGGUUGUACCUGGUAGUCGCGAUCAAGUGAUUGCUGCCGCUCUGCAGACCGCCAAGGUUAUCGCGCAGAAAUCGCCGAUUGCUAUUCUCGGGACAAAACGUGUCCUCCAGCACGCUAGAGACCAUACCGUUCAGAGCAACUUAGAAUAUGUCGCGACCUGGAACGGUGCGAUGCUUCAGAGCUCGGAUACUUUUUCUGCGCUGAAGGGUGCGAUGGAGAAGAAAUCCGCGACGUUUCCCAACCUCGGCAAGCCGCCGACCGCAAAGCUUUGACCACAUGUUCUUCGGCUGCUGUCACGAAGCGGGAUCAG